UUUAGUAUGAAGUUUCUCAUAUUUAUUACUUCUGUUUCCCAUAUUCUGGGAAUCUGGGCGUUUCCCAAAGAAUCUGAUAUUGUUAAAAGUGAAGAGAGGAUUAUCGGAGGAAACCCAACCACUAUAGAAGAGUUUCCGUAUAAUGCACAGUUAUAUGUUUCUUUUCAAUUUUGGUGCGGCGCUUGCAUUAUUUCACCAAAAUGGGCCCUCACCGCAGGGCAUUGUACUUAUCAACAAAGUACAAGUAACGUUUCAUUACGUGUCGGUGCAACCGAGUAUAAUCAAACUGCAAAUGAACCAGUCACUCUAGCUGAGAUAUAUCUUCAUCCGUUGUACAACGAUGCAACGCUAGACUACGACAUGAGCAUUCUCCUUCUGAAUGAACAUCUGAUAUUUGGAAAAAGAAUUGCUGCAAUUGCUUUACCACCAUGCAACGUAGUUUUACCUGCUGGAACAAUGGCUACCGUUUCUGGUUGGGGUCGUUUAGCAUAUGAAGGUGACGAUCCAACACAACUGCAGGAAGUGACUGUGCCAAUCGUUACGAAUGAAGAAUGUGCUAUAAGUUAUAGUAACGAUACGGGAGUUUAUGUUACUGAUAGAGUUUUAUGUGCUGGUUAUGAAGAAGGAGGCAGAGGCGGUUGCAAUGGUGAUUCUGGAGGGCCACUGACAGUGAAUGGUGUACUGUACGGAUUGGUUUCUUCCGGUGUAGGUUGUGCUGAAGCCGGAUUUCCGGGAACCUAUGUCAAUGUUUCAAGUCUACGUUCCUACAUCGCAUCAGUUACAGGGCUUUAG